UUGCCUCGCCUCGCCAUGGAUGCGUCCCUCAACGUCCCUCAGCACGUCUCCGACGAGCUCACCCAGAUCCUCGCCAAUCUCGUCCUCGGCGACAAUGAAAUCCGUUCAAAUGCAGAGAAGGUUGUUGAUGAAAGGCUUGCACAGACGCCAGAGCUGUACAUUCUCGCUCUGGCCAACUUCACGACAACGGCCCCGGAUGAGCAGAUGCGCGCCUUUGCUCUCAUUCUCCUCCGUCGCUUGCUCUUUCGCCCACCUCAGUCUCUUCCGAACACUCAUCCUUCAUCUCCCAGCGCUUCCUCGUCUUCUGGCCCAGCUGGCCCACGCCUCACCCUCUAUGAUCACCUCUCAGAGCAAACGCGCGACGCCUUGGAGCGUACUGCGUUGCAUGCGCUAAUCACAGAGCAGACCCACAAUGUCAAAACCAAGGCUGCAGAUACUGUCACCGAUCUCGCAAAUGCCUCCUUUCAACGAGGACGCCCGUGGCCAGCUCUUCAAGGAACCGUCUUUCGGGCUAUCGGAGGUACUCCAAGUGCAAAAGAAUGUGCAUACAGGAUAUUGGAGCGAUGUCAGGUCCUUGCAGCAGAUGUACCGUCGGAAAUAUUUGUUCGUGGCUUAGCGGAUAGUUCUGUCGAGGUUCGUUUGGCUGCGCUCAAGGCAACUAUCGCUUCUCUUAGCUUGGCUUCGCCACUGUCUCCGUCGACAGCUCACACAACACUGCUGGGGCGUGCACUUGCGACUCUCCCCGCAGCCCCGCCGAGUCACACAACAAGGUUCCUAAACGCGCUCACUCCGCUGGCCGGGACACAUCCAACUCUCUUCGCUCCCCACCUUAACGACCUCCUUCGCUUUCUGCCCGGAAUCAUCCUCAACAAAAAGGAAUAUGAUGCCGGCCCGACGCCUACCGUUGCGCGACCAUUUCCGAAUGGUAAUGGCGGGGCUAGUAGUGUUUUCCAGUUCCCGCCAGCAUCCAAGCAGGCUGAUGACCAUUCGGAUGAUGACGAGGAUGAAGAAAGGGAGGAAACACGGCGUGCAGCGCUUGAAUUGAUGGUGUCGCUAAGCGAAGCGCGUCCAUCACUCGCAAGGCGCAUUGACGGCUGGCUUCCCGCGCUCGUUCGUGCUUGUCUCGAAGGCAUCGCCGAGAUACCGGAUGAUGAAGACACUCUCGCAGCUUGGCUCGACGCAGACCCGACCGAUGAUCCAACCGAUGCGACAUAUCCGCAUGUGUUUGAGCAGGCUCUUGACCGUCUCUCGUGUGCUUUCUCAGGAGCUCCUAUCCUUGCGCUUGCGUUCCAAUUCAUACCCGGCAUGCUUGCUAGUCAUGAUUGGCGCCUACGACACGGAGCAUUAAUGGCGAUUGCCUCAAUGGGCGAGGGUGGUGCUCGUGUCGUUGAAAGUGAACUCGCCCGAGUUAUAGCACUUGUCACAAAUGCAUUCGGCGAUCCGCAUCCCCGCGUACGAUAUGCAGCAUGCCAGUGCAUUGGUCAAUUGUGUACGGACCUUGAGGACGUCAUCCAAGAACGACAUCACGCAGAGGUUUUUGGUGCGCUACUGAGGACCCUCAACGCUCCAGAGCCGCGCGUACAUUCCCAUGCAGCAGCAGCUCUUAUCAACGUUUGCGAAGGAGUCGCUCAUGCAACGCUUCUUCCUUACCUCGACGCUCUUGUCGCUGCACUCCUCCGUUUACUCGAACCUCAAGUUUCUCCCGUUAAUGGCAAGGUGAAAAGCUAUGUGCAAGAACAAGCCGUUACCACGCUUGCCAUGGUUGCUGAUGCAAGCGAGGAUGACUUUGGGAGGCAUUACAAGAGCAUUAUGCCUCUUCUCAUGAACGUCUUGAGAAAUGCAGGGAAUACGGGUGAACAUCGCAAACUCCGAUGGAAGGCAAUGGAGUGCGCUGGUCUAAUUGCAAUUGCUGUCGGACGAGAGACAUUCAGACCUGAUUCGGUGGAGUUCAUAGAAUUGCUGAUGCAGAUACAAAACAGUCCGGUCGACCCCGCUGAUACCAUGCUAAAUCACUAUCUCAUCGCAACAUGGGCAAAAGUUUGUCAGGCUUUAGGACCCGAAUUCGAACCAUAUCUUCCUAUUGUAAUGCCUCCCUUAUUACACGCAGCUAGUGCAAAGGCCGACGUAUCCGUAUGGGAUGACGAUGAAGGUGUCCCAGUAGAACGCGAAGGGUGGGAAACAAUGUCUCUCGAUGGUCAGCAAGUUGGUAUUAGGACGAGUGCCAUCGAGGAAAAGUGUCAAGCAUUCGAGACGCUCGUCGUUUACGUUUCCACGCUUGGAGCACGUUUUGCCCCGUACCUUCCGCAGUCACUAGAGCUCGUCCUUCCAUCACUCAAGUUUCUUUUCCACGAGGGUGUAAGGGAAGCAUGUGCUGUAGUCAUACCCGUUUUGUUGGUCUGUGGUAAACAGUCCGGAACACUGACACCGCAGAUGUUACAUGCCGUCUUCGCUCAGCUCAUAAGCGUUGCACGUGCAGAAGCGGACGCUUCCUUCCUAGCUUCUCUCUUCCGAUGUAUCGCAGAUUGUGUGCGUGUUGCUGGCGGCGGGGCAGGGAGCGAACCAGGCACAGCACCCGCAGAUGCCUUACCGCAAGACAUUCGCGAGGGUAUACUCAAUGCGGCGAGACACCAAUUACAAGAACUUGCAGACAAGCGCAAAGCACGUAUGCGUCGUUUUAAGAUUGGUGUCGGCUCUGGCGACGAGGGCUCGCCACGCGAAGGCCGUGUGAGCGCAGAAGAAGUGGCAGAGGAGCGCGAGGACGUUGCAUUAUUAGAAGAGCUGGAGGACUUUGCGUUGGACGAUAUCGGAAAGCUCUUAAAACUUUUUGAUUCUUCGCAUCCGUUACUCGUUGCCGUGAGCAGCGUGAGGGAGCUUGGAAUCCGUGGAGAUUCGGACGAUACAGACUGAUAAUAAUAUUGACGUACUAUGCUUUGAUAUUGCUUUCAUACCAUACUAGCGUAGGCAGGUAGGAUACAGUAGACUAUGUAAUGUGAGAUGUAGAAUCCUCUUUUAGCAUGCUUCUAAUUUAUUUAAUGUGCAUU